AUUAGUGAAAGAAGAGGUCUGUUGUCUUUCACCUGUGCACGUCAAUCAAACCGUUUUCCUGACACCACACUUUACUCUGGUUGGCUGUUUGGUUCGAGGGACGUGACGCAUCCGGCCAAAUAGACAUCCCAUUGGAAAAGACAGUGCAACAUUGGAGUGACGCAGCUUGGAAUUCCCAACAUUUCCAAGUUCACGAUAGGAACGUUGUCUGUAAAAUAAUACCAACCGAUUAAGAUCCAUCCCAGAUAAAACAGGAAAAUAAGCGAGAAAAAGUUGUUGUUGUUCUGCUGAGCCUCAAGGGGGCAAUGUCUGACAACAGCAGCAGCACAGGCAGCAGUCGCAGCAGCCGCAGUGGCUCCUCUACUAACAGUUGGACCAUGCUGUCCCCAGAGGAAGCUGCUGAGAGCAUGGGCCCUGUGGAUGAUGGGACUGAGAGUCUAGGUGAUGUACCUAGUUUGUCAGAGGAAGUCGCAGGGGCAAUCGUGGAGUCUAAGCCAUAUGAACAAGAGAUUCCAGUAGAAACUGUGCUGUCUGAAGAGGGUCAACAGGUCUGUACUGUUUGCCAGGAAACUGAACCUGCUCCCUCCGAGGGUCCCGUCCCCUCCAGCCCCACCCUGUUAAGCCCAUUCGCGACGAGCAAUGUUCCCCUUGACCCUGACCCAGAGAGUCACCCUGAGCCCCCUAUUAUCCAUAACAUGGUGACUAGCUCCCCCACUGACAAUGAGCAACUCUCCAACAUGCCCUUUGUCACUCACGUCAACCCGGUUGGGCCACUAGAGGCUCAUUUCACAGAACCACCCCCCUUCGAGGUUGAGGAUGAGCUUGAGAUGAGCCCCGCCCGCGAGAGCCCAACCCUAGCUAGCCACGUUGAGACAAGCCCUGCCCCUGAGAGUCAUACCCAAGAAAGUAGUGCCCCUAGUGUCGAACCUGACACAAGCAUUCAUAUGAAAACUCCCACCCCAACCGCCCCCCCGUCUGACAUUGGUCCUGUAACAGAGAGCUCUGUGGACCUUCUAAGCUCCUCCCCAGAAACCACUGUCACUCAAGAAAACCUCGCCGCUGACAGGCCUUCUGAGACCACUGGUUCUGUUGAUAAGGCAGAAGAGCCGUUAUUGGAAAAGGACGACACAGAAUUGCCUGAAAAAGAGACUGAUGUACCAGAGGAUAAAGAAUCUCCCUGUAGCUUUGACCUUGGGAGAGCUGACACGAGCGCAGAGCAAGGGGACGGACUACGGAGGCGAAACGUGGCACCAUUGAUGAACACGUCAGAAGAUGAGGAUGAGGAGGAGGUGGAAUUCAAACUCGUCGAACGGAAAGAGGAAAAAAGAGGCUUGUCGAUCAACGUGUGCAUUGUGGGUGCAUUGGUUCUGCUCUGUCUAGGGUCCCUGUUCCUUUCUGACGACUCUGACGAGCUGAGCGAGGCAGAACAAAAACAGGACUGGCUAAAUGAUCCUCAGGAAAUGAAGGAGAUUAUGGAGAAACUGAUGCAAGAAAACCAGCACAUUUCCCAGUUAGAAAAUCAGCUCCAGACCCAUGAAGAGGAACUUGACUCUGCACUAAAUGCUGGAUUAUCAAUGGGUACUGAAAAUGAAAAAAGAGACCUGGAGCAAGAAAACAUUGAGUUAAAAGAAGAGCUGUCAUCCCUGCCUGGCCUUAAGGAGGAACUGGUGAUGCUAAGGGCCAGAGUGACAGAGCUGUCUCAACUCACAGCAGCCAACCUGGACACAUCCCAGCCACCAUCGAACCCAACACCACCCUCUACCGGCCAAAUGGGAAAGAAGAACCAGACCAGUGCCACUUCAGGGCCCGAGAGGAGGGAACUAAGAGAGGAGGUCAGGGUAAAGGAAGAACUUAAGAGGCAGAAGGUGCUUUUGGAGGAGAGCAAGAAAAGACUUGAGGGCAUGAAAAAAGAUGGGGGGCAUAAGAUGGAUGGAGAGUACCAGAAGAAGGUGAGGGAGAGCCUGGCUGAGAUCCAGGAGAGACUAAGUGAGCAGGUGGAGAGGAUGGGGAAGAGGAGUGAGGGCAAGCGGAAGUCAUGGGACAACAGGACCAAGCAGGAUGGGAAGAAAGGCAAGGAAAAUGUUAAAGACCACUGGAAAAAGGAUAAGGAUUGGAAGGGAGAGAAGCACUGGAAACACGGCAAAGACAAGAGCGAGGGAGGACGAAAGGACUCUCAUAAAGAGGCCUGGCGAAAAAAACAGGAUGAUUGGGAGAGAAAGAAGGAUGAUCGCAGGAUGGACCGGGAUAAAAGAAAGCAGGAGAGGCCCUGGCAGUCCAGGAAAGAGUACAAGAAGGAGUCCAAUCGUCAGCAUCAACAUCACCACCAGCCCCAGUAUGACCACACCAGCUUCUGGAAUCACCAGGAAGAGAAACUCAGACGCAACGUUCGUCCCCUGGCAGGCUGCAGCGGUGCUGAAGACUGCGCUAAACAGGAAGGCCUCUUCCCUGUGGAAUUGUCUGAAUUUGAGGAGUUGUUGGAUGGAUACCUGAGCAAGCUGGAGAGGGCCUCGCCGGAAAGCAAAACUGAGCUCCUGAAGCUGACCGCCCAGUUUUUUCAAGAUGGUGUGUUUGUACAUGACAAAAUUCUCUUUAGCGACUUCGCUGAAGAUGUUGCAGACAUUUUAGAGGACAUGGCAGACAUUCUGGAGGUGGAUGGUCAGGAUGACGAAACCCUCAAAGAGGAAAUGGAGGAGUUUGAGCGUGAAGCUUUAUGGAAAUUUGCAGCCACUGUAUAGAUAACCAAGUUGUGGAGAAAUUAAUGGAACACUAAGAUACAGCAACAUCUCUAUGUGAUGAUUUACAACAGUUGUAGUUGUUGUAGCCGGACUGUAGCUGUCCCUCACUCUGCAUCUGUAAUUAGCUGAGUCGUACUUGUCUCCAGGGACUGAGUUGUAACUUACCUGUCAGUUCAUGUCCUGUCAGCAAUGCUGCAUCCUACAUGUUGAAAGUUGUUAAACAGUCGAUUCACCUAUUGAGUUUAGCACUAAUAAAAUGCAACAUUACAGUUCAAGAUAAAAACAGGGUCAGACAAAAAGCAUGAUCAAAUCUAGUUAAAUCAGUUCUGUAUCAGCUCUGCAAACAUACACUUUUGUGUACUUACCAGACUUCAGGUUUCUGGGGUUCACUAUUUGUCUUACCCUUUAAGUUAAACUGUCUGUUUUUAGCAGAACUGUGCAGAAAACAUUCUGGAACAUUUAAUGAAAGCAGAAAGUAUUCUGCCAAGAUAUGACUGAUGCCCAUUGCUGCUGCCUCAGUCUCUUUGGCAUGUUGUGUUUUUUUUCUUUUUCUUAUUCACACUGAGACCAUAAUUGUUCCUGAUAUGGCAUAGAUUAGUUAAAAUAUAUCUCAAAGUACUAUGCUGUGCUGUGUUAGCCGUGAACAUACAAAUGAAGAUGUAUUAGGUCAUACAGAAUGUGUCCAACCGACUAUGGUGUUCAAAAACACAAAUUGACACCUUUCAGUGAGCUGUGUUAUCAGAUUCAUUUUUCUAUGUUACUGUGAUUAGUCUGAUUUGUCUAUAAGAAAAGUAUAUCUGCAGUUUUUCACGAAAUGCCAUUUGCAUUGAGAUUGCAGCAAAUGUAAGUGAAACCAAGUAAAAGGUACAAGUCAUUUUAAUGACAUCAAAAUGUUUCUAUCAUCAACGAUGGGGGAUGACUUAAGGUCUCUACCCUCACUUCAUUUGGUUUCGAAACUGUAAAUUUCAAUUGUAAAGCUAUUGAGAGGAAAAUAUAUUUAGCUUUCACUUAAUGUUUGACCAUCCCAAAACUGAAUAUGCUCAUGUUGAGGAAAUUACCACAGGUGAGACCAGUCUGAACACUCAAGUUGAACCCCUGAUUUAAUAGGAAACAGACCCCCCCCCCCCCCCCCCCCCCAAACACCCUCUCAGAGACCUUGGCUUUACGCACUUAUGGUGAGCCAAAAAUAAAGGCCUAAUGCAUUGUUUAAUAUAUGAAAUAUGAAAAGUUUCAACACACAUAGUCCAGAAUGUCUGUAACAAGAUAUGUUAUUCUUUCAACUUAGCCGAUAUUCUUCGGUUAGCCAAUUAGCAGUUAUUCCCACGAAACAGAUAUUCAGUUGAAUCGAUAAGAUUAUCCAUCCGGGUCACGGCACCAUGCUGUAAGAAAUUCAGUCAUUUGUAUAAGUGUUGAAAUAAUGAUCACGUUCCCGGUUGUCAAGGGAGCGAGUAAUUCAAUUAUUUAUUGUAGCAUUUGAUAGUCUAUUGUUCAUGAUGUUACAAACUCGAUCUUACAAACUCGAUCUCAAAGAAACGUCCGGUCGUCCUGUACUUUAUAGACAUCGCAAUCCAGAAUACACAACACAGUACUGUAAGGCAAUUAGCUGACUACUGUCGCGCUUUGACUGAACGUGACUUCCUGUGUACGGAUAAACUGAUGUUCUGUUGUAAUCUAAACAUAACAGGCAUACAUUCAUACAAUUCUACAGCUGAUUCUUAAUUAAACUACACACAAACUGACUUUCUUAGGAUUUUCAAAAUGUUAUUCAUAGAAUGGACUUUUUGAGGAAGAAUUGUUCAAAUUUAAAAAAUGUUUUUAAAGGUGUGUUUGAGACAAAUAAUCAAAGGUGGCAGAUUUGAAAUGUUGGCGUUACCCAAUAGCAUUGAAAGACAAACUGUUAUUUGUAUGUUGCAUUAAUUAUUAUAAUUUGAAAACAUUUUGUUUGCUCAAUUAGAUAUUUUCCUUUUCACUUAAAUGUAUUCCUAAUUUUAUUUAUUACUUGUCAUGUUUUUUGAUACAAAUAUCAUCAAGCAAUGGACCAUUCUAUGGAUUACAAUUUGUGACAAACCCAAAAAAAAAAAAGUUCUAGUUUUUUGAGGAAUCACCCAGUGGAAGUAAUGUGUGUUCCUUUACAACAGUUUAAUCUGUGCACAUUUUAGGAUGACCGUUUCUUCAUGUUUUCAUGUUUCGGUUGUCACACACUAAAUGAAUUACAUUAUUAUUGGUUUUCCAGAUAUUUAAUUUAGGUUUUCAAAGGUUAUUCCUAUAUUUUUUUUAAGGAAAGACAUUGUGCCCUAAAUAACACACAACCAUUUUAACAAUUAACCAACAUUAGAUGUUUAAGUUGAAAGUGUCCCAGACCAUACAGAAUGUGAAAUAACCAGCUUAGGUUUCUGGUGUUUUACUUCAUGGAGAUUUUGUUUUUGCCAGCUGUGUGCCUUUAUAACUUGGUAUUUGAAGGCAACUAAAGUGGUUUGAUUUGGUAAGCUUAAGAAUUCAAGCUACAUACCUUACCUUGAUUAUCUAUGAUUUUUGGACUUUUAUGACAAGCAAACAUUUUGGAGUUUUCUCCAUUUGUGCAUUAGAUCUAUUAAGCAAUCAAUGUAAAUGUUUAUGCAUUUUUCAAGCUUUUCAACCAAAGAAGUGUAGCGCUGACAAUGUCCAUAUUGAUAUGGAUAGACUUAAUAAUAAACAACUUGACAGAACUGAAUAACUCGAAAAGGAGCAUAAACUUGAAAUGCACACAAUACAGAGGAUAUAAAAAUACUUCAUUUAGAGAUUUCAGUUGUUUAUCUAGGUUUUACUUUGUCAGGACCUGUCGUAGUUGAAUAUUUUAAUUGCUAUACGUACAGAAAUUCCCAAAUCAGGUGCAGUGUACAAUUCUGAGUUAAACAAUGUGUAGUCCUAGUCUGUGUAGCAAUUUCUACCUUUAACAUCUUUGAACUUUUAAGUUAAAAUAAAUAAAACAAAUACAAUUCUUGCAA